CCCACCAGCUAGUCUCAUCAACAUGUCUCGCAUCGCCACUAUCUUCGGUGCUUCGGGCGAGCAAGGCUCUUCCGUCCUCAACGCCGUCCUCAAAGACGGCACCUUCAAGCCCCGCGUUGUGACGCGCAACACCAACUCGGAGUCUUCCAAGAAAUUCGUCGACUUGGGCGCCGAGGUCGUCCAGGCCGAUUCCGGUGACAGGGAGUCGUUGAAGAAAGCUCUCGCAGGCUCUGAGGUCGUGUUCUUGGUCACGUUCCUCUUCGGGGCCACCAGCGAGUUCGACCAAGGCAAGAACGUCAUUGACAUCAGCAAGGAGGUCGGCGUGAAGUUCCUGGUCUUCAGCUCCCUGCCAAGCUUGACCGAGCUGUCAAAGGGGAAGUACACACAGGCCUUCCACUUCGACGACAAGCAGAAGAUCCAGAAAUACCUCGACGCCUCCGGCCUCCCAUACGCAUCUAUAAGCACCGGCUGGUUCCUUGAGAACUUCCUGAAAGUCAACCGCAAAGGCCAGCCUACCUUCGAGAAGACCGACCACGGCUAUGUCUACCACGCCUUCGGCUUUCCCGGCAUGGCAUACGCCGUCUCCUGGAUACAGCACGACCUCGGACAGACCUUCGUCACCCUCGGGAAACAGUAUAACACGCGCCCUGAUGAGGUGCUGGGCCAAAACUUCGUAAUUGGAAUUGCGCGCCCAAAGGUGGAGGAUAUUGUGAAGGAGCUGAGCAAGGGCCUCGGCGCUCCCGUUGAGCUGAAGUACGAAGGGAAGAUCGGACUUGCGCCCUUCGACGAGAUGUACGCGUCUGCGGCCGAGCUUGACUGGUACCCCGGUGUCGAGUUCCCCGACCCUCGCCUGGAGAAACUCGGCGUGAAGCUUGGCACCAUCGAGGACUUCGCGCGUACCACCUUGAAGGCGCAUGUAGGGGCGUAAGUGGUGAUCUGAAAGAGAAGUAGCAAAGUGAUUAAUGUAGAGUCACGGACUGCGAUGAUCUACGUGCAUGACCUGUCGAUGGAAUGGCUGCAACAAUCCUCGCAAAGCACAGGCGAGUCGAGCAACCCGGGAGGUUCGAAAGAAAUACACCGGAGACCACCGACAUCGGCAUCUCUGAGUUCAUGGGUUUGUGCGCAUCUUCGUAAAUCAUUACCUGACCCAUC